AUGCCAAUUAAGGGAAUAAUAGCCGAUGAGAAAUGGAAGAUUUUUGCCAGUUCAUUUAUAGUCGAGCCCAAAGCCGCUGUACGAGAACUUAUUGAUAAUAGUAUAGAUUCCGGGUGCCAGAAUAUUUAUGUUUCAAUUGAUUCUAAGACAGGAGGAUGUGAAUACAUUAGUGUUAGAGAUGAUGGUCCUGGGGUGCCACAGCCAGAUAGAAAGCUGAUGUGUCUCAACAAUACAACGUCAAAGAUAAACAGCCUUGACGAUUUAGACAAGAUAAGUACCUUGGGUUUCAGAGGAGAAGCAUUAUUUUUAAUAGCCAAUUUAUGUUGUGAAGUGGGCACAUUGGAGAUAAUUACGAAAUGUAAGGAUGAGAGUGUUGGUGAAAAAUGGUAUAUCCAGAAAAAUGGCUCUAUAAAACCUAAGAGUGUCAGAAAAGCACCUGCCACAACGGGAACAGUUGUUACACUGCGUAAGCUGUUGGGAGGGUUCAAGUCAAGAGAAAUUGAUCAAUCAAGUAAAGCCAGGAAAACGAUAGAGGAUUUGAAGACUAUUUUAUACCACUAUGCGCUUAACUUCAGAAAUAUAAGGUUUAGUUUUGAAUUGGUCUCAUUAAAUAAAAAUGGCUCCAUAGCUCAAAAACAAUUACAAUUAUCAGUAGCACCUAAUCUAACAAGACCGAGGCUUUUGUCUCUGAUAGCAAAUUUAAGAAAACCUACAAAUAUUAACUUUGUCGAGAACGCAUCACUGGAAAUUACAGACAAGAUAGAUAUCCAACUCAUUCUGCCAACUAUGAUCCCCCAAUCAGAUGCUGUCAACGUAAAGAAAAGCUAUAAAUUUCUAUCUGUAAAUAACAGGGCAUUAUCUAGAAAAUUAGCUUUUGGUAAAGAGUUUGAUAGAAUGUUAUCCUCAAUAUACAGGAGACUACAAUUACUAGAACCCAAUGUAUGGUAUGUGAACAUUAUCAGCGAACCACAAUUGAUUGAUGUGAACAUUGAGCCUGAAAAGGAUGAUAUAUUACUGAAAGACGAAACCAAAGUGAUUCAGAAAAUGGAUAACAUAAUUGAACUAUAUUUACGAGAGAAACUCAACAUUAAUCCAACAGUAUCCAUUACAAACAGUCCAUCAUUCAAACAAUUUGCAGCUAAUACAUCAGUUAUGCUGGAGCAUAACGAAUCUUGUGAUGAACCUGUAGAUCAAUCAACCAUGCCGAUUUUAACUCCAACUAGUAAGAACAUAACUGAAGCCAUUAUUGAAUCGGAGAACGGAAAUAAUUCUGAGCCCAGAAUCACUUAUGAAGCGGACUCUACUAAUAUGGGUUUCAAAUCAAUCUCAGAAGUAAACAGAACUGGAAUUUCGAAUAGUCAGAUACAUAAUUUGCCCAAUGAUAGUUCAAACUCUCAUUUUGAUAAUACGACAAAAUUGUCUCAUGGAAUUAAUCAAGAUAAUUUAAAUUCAUCCGAUCAAGUCAACACUCAACAGAACACAUUCAGAAACUCAAUGACACAUGUGGGGCAUGAAUACGAUGCUAGGCGAGAAAAUACGAAACCGAAACCAUAUAACUCAGAAUUGGCGAGUAACGUAAAAGAUACUGUAGUGCAAGUUAAAGAGGAACCGCAUGAACCAAUCAGCUCGAACUUAGCCACUAUCGAUAAAGACAAGGAGAAUACUUUUGAAUAUCCUUAUAAUACACACAAGUCCGGAUUGAGUGAUUUAGGGGCAUCAAAUGUACACGACAUCAGUAAUCAAACCAUAAGACCGCAAGACAUGCAUGUGAAGAGACCGCAUACAUCAAUGAAUAUAGCACCUGUUCACAAGCGGGUUAAGACCAAUGAAGCCAAGAGGAAACUAAGGAUGUUUUCUGAGUACACCACACGAUUAACAACAAAUGCAAUAUAUAAACCAAAUCCACAACCAACUAUGUCAGAUUUUGAUCAAGCACCAUUCAAAGACAGAGUCUUACAGUAUAUAAAAUCCAAACAGUUUGAAGAAGUCGAUCUCGAAGAAACUUCGCAAGGCUGGCAAAAGCUUGUAAAAGGUAAAUAA